AUGGAAGUGAAAUAUUCUUCCUGGUGAUCAUUCGAUCUACCCAUUCUAACCGCGGAAAAUGAUGAAUGGAUAGAUGCGAGUAAUGAAUUAAGGGGAUGAUGGUGAACGGAUGUGGUAGAACAUAUCGAAAAGCAUAUGGAUGUGGCUAGGUAUGACAAUGGGUAGGAUCUGGAUCCAAAUUUCAUCCGCCAAAACGAUCCCAGAUCCACAGGGUCCAAAUUUUGAAGAUCCAGAUCCGUUGUAAAACGGAUUUGGACCUUCCAGAUCCAUUGCCAUCUCUAGAUGUGGCCUAUCCGAAUUUGUUCCACUUGCCAUCUCAGACCCGACCCGACCAAAUACCAUUUUAGUUUAUUUCUCUCAGAAAAUUUAGGCAUAAGCAAAACAUUAAGACUUUGAAAACUCUGCUACUCCGUAAAUGCUAAUUGCACCAGGCGACAUGUCAGCGGAGUGAAAGACAGAGAAAUCGUAGAAUGUUUGGCGAAAAUGUGGUACAAUGGACAUCAAGAAUCCAUUCUUACUCCCAAAAAGGUUUGUUUCACAGAGCCCUUUCUUUGUUCCUUAAUAUGCGAAGAGCUGGUGUUAAACCAAAUGAAGUCACUUUCUCAACCACCUUAACUGUGUGCACUCAAUCAAUCAACAAACCCUUCGGUUUAGGCUUGCAUACUCUAAUUCUCAAGAAAGGGUAUCAAAAACAGCUCUUUGUUUGUGGUGGGUUAAUCUCGAUGUAUGCGGGUUUCGGCCGAAUGGGAGAUGCCCACCAUGUGUUUGAUGAAAUGCCUGAGAGAGAUGAAGUCGUGUGUAACUUGAUGAUAGGUAAGUAUUCGCAGCAUGGGUUUAGUAAAGAAGCUUGUAGGUUGUUUUGUGGGAUGGUUAAUGGGGUUGUACAUUGGAGGGGUUUUGUGAGUGAUUAUAGUCUUGCUAGUGUUCUUAAUGCUUGUGCUCAUGUGGGUUGUUGUAGGUUUGGUGAGUCUGUACAUGGUUAUGCGAUUAAGAUUUGUUUUGAUUCGAAUGAUUUUGUUGGUAGCUCUCUUAUUGGUUUGUAUUCUAAGUACGGAGAGUUGGGUAAUGCUCGUUUGGUGUUUGAUCGGUUGGGGACUAUGGAUGUCGUUGUGUGGAAUACUAUGAUUAGUGUGUAUGCUCAAAAUGGUUAUGAAGAAGAAGCUAUUGGGUUGUUCCUUGAUAUGGAGAUUCGGGGGCUUACUCCUAAUUAUACCACAUUUUCGGCUGUUGUGGAUGCUUCAUCUGUUAUGCCUGAUGAGACACUUGGUAGAAAACUUCAUGCUAAAUCAUUAAAAUUUGGUUUUCUGUCGGAUGUUUACUUGGGUACUGCAAUUGUUGAUAUGUACUCCAAGUUCCUGAUCAUGCCAAAUGCUGAAAGAGCUUUCUCUGAGAUGGUGAAAAAGAAUGUGAUAUCGUAUAAUGCACUUAUUACCGGCUAUGGUUUGAUUGGUGAUCAUGAAAAUGCUCUUAAAAGAUACACACUGUUGAGGCUUCAGGGAAUGAAACCCGAUGCAUGCACCUUUAUUGGCCUUCUCACAUCUUCCACAUCCCGAGCAUUUGUUGUGGGGGAACAAGUGCACUCAGACUCAAUUAAGCUUGGGUUGGACCGAGAUGUUUUGGUUAGGAACUCAAUUGUGAAUUUCUAUUCUAAGUGUGGACGGGUUGACUCUGCAAUAAAAGCAUUUGAGACUACACAGGGGAGUGAUAUUGUUUCUUGGACGGCCAUUAUUUCAGGACUUGUCCAAAACAAUGAACAUACCAAAGCUCUUGAGAUGUUUUGUGAAAUGCACAAACUGUCAGAAAAGGCAGAUGAAUUUUCUUCCUCUAGCGUCAUCAAGGCAGUAGCUAGCCUAGCAGCUGUUGCUGAAGGAAGAUACCUGCAUGGGUAUGUGCUGAAAGUGGGCUUAAACCACCAUAUAUUUGUUGGAAGUGCACUGAUUGACAUGUACUCCAAAUGUGGGAUUGUGGAAGAUGCAUAUAAAUUAUUCUCCGAGAUGCCUGAGAAAAAUGUUGUGUCUUGGAACGCAAUGAUAACAGGUUAUGCUCAAAGUUGUCUCUCUGAUGAAGCACUACACUUGUUCAAUGAAAUGUUGAGGUGUGGGAUCUUGCCUACUUCAGCAACUUUUGUUGGGGUUCUCCUUGCUUGUUGUCAUGCAGGACUGGUUCAAGAAGGCAGGCGCUAUCACAAACUAAUGGAAAACUACUAUGGGAUUUCACCUUCCGUAGAACACUACUCCUGUAUGGUGAAUCUCCUAGGUCAUGCUGGUUAUGUUAGUGAGGCAGAAGAAUUUCUUCUUAGUUCACCCUUUAAAGAGGACUAUGGAAUUUGGAAGUCUCUCCUCACUUCUUGUGAAGCACACAGAGAUUUUGAUGUUGCUGCUCGCGUUGCAGAGUACUGUUUGCAUUUAAAGCCAAAUGACUCUUCUACUUAUACCAUUCUCUCCAACAUAUAUGCCACUAAGAAGUUGUGGUCAGAAGUUGAAAGAACAAGGGAUUCUAUGAGGGUGGCAGAUGUUGUGAAGGAACCUGGGUGCAGCUGGAUUGAAGUGAAGUGACUGGUAUUGUGGGUUAUGGUAACUGGUGGACUAGAUGCAUUCUCCUUUGUCUUCUGAAGUCCCACUCAGCUUUCCAAGACAUUCAAGAAUUGUGUUUAUCACUUUCCUUUGCUCCUGCUGGCAUGUGUGGAGUAGAGGCAAAUAGCCAUUCAGCUGGCAAAUAUCAAUGGUACAUACUUUAAUGUAACCGUGAUGUCUGGUUCAAGCGAUUCACUUCAUUUUCAGGGUGUAGCAGAUGGUAUUGACCAUACAUCUGCAUAGGAGUGUGAUUAUAUUCCAGAGCCAUGUAGUUUCAGAGAGAGUUGAAGAAUGAAGCUUUUCUCCUUGGAUAUAAUUCAUGAAGCAGUUAAGGAAGACUACAAAAUUCCCAGCAAUUGGAGAGCAUAGACAGGGUACUUGCUGCAAAACAUGCCAUUUUUUUAUGGAUUGUAGUUGCGCUUGUACGUGUUUGUGGAAGAUGCAUAACAAGACUUCCAGGAAAACACAAGACCAUUAUUCAACUGGAUUUAGACUACUGUUUGUGGAAAAUGUACUCCAUGCUGACUUUUUCUUGAUCAUCAAGAUUUCAGCCAAUUUCGGAGGUGAGUUGAACUCACUUUGGUCAUAAUGGAGCAUGACACCAGGCUACCAGCAUUUUGAGCACUUUAAUGAUAAUGGUAUGACUAAAAGAUACUGGUUCUACUAUUAGAGAGAGAACUAAAUAUGCAGCAUAAAGCAUUUCUUAAAACAAACAAACAACCAACCUAAAUGUAUUCUUUAGAAUUGCUAAAAGAAUGAAUUGAAGAUAUUCAUCAUUUCAUGUACAA